AUCAUGAUUCAUGCAACCAUCCUUCCCCACCCAGAAUUAUGGAAACUAGAGUUAGGUAUUGUUAAUAUGUCAAUUACCUUAAACAAUUGUUCUAAAUUGUUUCUUAAAAUUAUAGUAGAAAACUAGACAGUAUUAAAAAAAGAAGAAAUUCAGCAAAAAGAAAAACAGUUUAUUGCAAGUGUAACCGACAGAAACGACAUAUCGUUUGGAAGAGACGAUGGUAAGUGGUGGUCUCCAACUUCCAUUCCUUCUUAUCUUUCUCCUUCAAUUCACUGCUUUCACAUCUUCUUCCACUCACUCCAAUCCCACCCAUAUUUUCCAGGAUAUAUUGAAGGCAAUAUCAGCGAAACAGAAGUGGGAUUUCAACGAUGUUAGAGUUUACAACUUCGAUCUUGCAAAACUUAGGUUCGGAACCUCCCAAACCUACCACUUUCGAAUCGGUUCGGGUAACGAUAACUUCACCCUCAAAUUCUCCGACCAAGUUUCCUCUUGGAACAACAACAACAACUUCGCAACACCAAAACUCGAUUUAGAGACACUCGUUGAUCGAUUCACUUCAAUCGCAUUCCUUGAUGAUAUCAAAUUGGAAGGUCCCUUUGAGUUGCACGUCGAUGAACUUCAUCACUUUUCACUCUCUUUGCCCAUGAAUGUUUCGUAUACUGGUUUGAAACACGUUAUUGUUGGUGAAGGUAUUACGGUCGAAGUAAGAAGAGCACGAGAAAUGUCUUUUUUUUAUCGUCCUGAUCUUGAUCGGCAAACGAAUGGAAGUGUCGCGUGUAGCAAGGGGAAGAGUGAGUUCUGGCCCUUUUUGCAAUCCACGUGUGUGCCUCUAAUUCCCUUAAACAUAAUAGGUUCUGCAUCGUUGAUUGCUUAUGGAGCUCGGAAUCCUUAUACACAUAUAGGAACCACGUUGAUUUCCGAGGACACCGUUGAACUGCUUCCAGAAAAAUGUUACCAUGGCCGUGUGUUUAGAAAGCGAGCAUGCCCUGUUGCUUCCUUAAGUUUGAGAUUGAGUAUGUUAGAGAAAAUUUUGAGAAGUCUUCUUGGUCAUAAGAUCCUUCAAGAUCGAUUUUCUGGCCUUAUCAAAGCAAAUAUCAAAGCAUAUGCUGCUGUAAAGUUCCCCCUAGAAUUGGAAAGAGACGUAGGGAAUAAUGUCACUCGUAGUGCGUUGCCUGAUUGGAGAACAAGGCCAAGUGUCGAAAGGGUCUGGUUUGAGAUAUUGGCCAGAGUCGAGGAAAACAGGCUCAAGCCUGUUUUGAUCAAGAAAGUUAAACCUUUUAUUGAAUCUGAUUCAGUUUCAUGGGCUAAUUUGAUGUCGAAUAUGUCGUAUACAAAGCUGCGACCAGUUCUUCUUCCUCCAGAGGCUCUUACACUUGAUGUGAAAUGGUAGGAGAUACUCUUGUGUAAGUUGUGAUACUCCUUUUUUGGACACUUUUUAGGCUAAGUUUGUUUGUAGAUUUGGUCUUGUUAUAUACAAGAGUUCACUAAAUCUUGUAAAAUACCACUCAUGCACUCACGAUUGGUCUUUGUAAAUAUCAAAACGGAAAAAGAGAAAGAAGUGAAAGAUAAUUCUCUUUUACUUGCUUUAACAGGCUUUAGGAUUUGAGCCUAAUUCUUUAGUAAAGGGCACUUCUGAAUGAAGUUGCUUGAUCUGUGCUUGUGUGCUAAUCUGUAAUGUGUAUUUUACAUAGCUAAAUGGUAUAAGUGUUUACCAAGAAGAAAAAAAUAUUUGAAUGUGCAGUGUGAUUUAUGGUCAACUAUGAAUGCAAUCUACAAAAAACUUAGCCAUCAUUAAUGUAAUAAUAUUGUUGAAA